AUGAUAUUAGUUCGUAACGAGUUAUGUGCCGCCCUCUGCGAUUUUACAGAGCAUAAACCACCGUCAGAGAUGGUAACGAUAAUGAUACCAGCGCGAGCGCUUGCGGCUACCGCUAACUUAUAUAUUACUGCGGCAUAUAUUCCACCUAAUUCUGAACGUAUCCCUGUAGAUAUAGACAUCUUAUUGAGAAAUGUAAAAACAACUAUAGAAAUUACACAAAACUUUCAAAAUUAUUUAGUGAUUGGUGAUUUUAAUCUACCCUGUAUUACAUGGGACAUCGAUGGCCCUACGCAUAUAACUACAGGUAAUAUUGAUGUUCAGAGGGCGGGCAAGAUACUGACAGAUGAUAUGAGUUUGCUAGGCUUCAAACAAUUUAAUACAACAAAAAAUCAUGCCGGUAACACCCUAGAUUUAGUUUUCUGUAAUCUCCCUCUUGAUAUAAUAAAUUGUAGUUCACCGCUUGUUAACAUUGAUGGCGCACACCCAGCACUCUCAAUAGAUGUCUUAGAUCUAUCUGUGACACCAUUAGUCGAAGCAACUGUACCUAAAUAUAAUUUCAGAUUAGGUAAUUAUGAAGAGAUUAAUACAGCUUUUAGUACAAUUAACUGGGACUCGCUAUUUAAAGGUAACUCAACAGAAAAAGCAUGUGAAACCUUCUAUGGAAUUGUCAAUGAUACCAUAUGUCAAUAUAUACCGCUUAAGGCCAAACAUAGUACUCACAAAUAUCCUAUCUGGUAUAGCCUCGCCUUAAUUAAAAUUAUUAAAGAAAAAUCUAAAGCGCAUAAAAAAUGGAAAAAGUAUGGUAACGAAAUGGAUUAUGAUGAAUUUGCAUUCUUACGAAAACGUCAACAUCGCGUACAGAUGAAUUGUUUCUCGAGUUUUACUAAGCGAACCGAACAAGCAAUUAAAUAUAGUUCAAAAGCAUUCUGGUCUUAUAUUAAAUCUAUACGAGGCGGAUCCAACUAUCCAAAAAAAUUUACAUAUGGCAAAAAUGAGUUUACAGACGGUAAACUAAUUUGUGACGCAUUUAAUGAAUUUUUUGGAAGUGUAUUUGGUACACCCUCAACCGAUACAAUUGAGGCGGAAGAAUCUAUCUCUUAUAAAGACAAUAUUUCAAGAUUAUCAAUAUCUGUUUCAGCAGUUGAGAAAGCUUUAUUACAUCUGAAUGUAUCAAAAGGAGCUGGAUGUGAUGGUAUACCACCGAUAUUUUGGCGAAACUGUUCUAAAACUCUAAGUCUCCCGUUAACAAAAAUUUUUAAUAUGUCUCUUAUCGAGGGUAUAUUCCCUGAUGUUUGGAAAAAAGCGCAUAUAGUACCAAUACACAAAAAAGGAACCAAAAUAAAUGUAGAAAAUUAUAGAGGUAUAUCAAUAUUAAAUACAGUGAGCAAUCUUUUUGAAAGGCUGGUUCUUGAUUUCAUAUAUCCAGUCAUACAUAAAUAUCUACCAGAUUCUCAACAUGGAUUCCUUAAAAAGCGUUCCACUGUCACCAACUUGACAUGCUUUUCUAAUUAUAUCCUAACUAAUAUGGAUAAAGGUGGUCAAGUUGACGUCAUUUACACGGAUUUCGAGAAAGCAUUCGACCGCGUGGAUCAUCUGAUCCUUCUGGGAAAACUCCAAACUCUGGGAAUUCAUGGGGACUUGCUUAGAUGGAUUGAAUCGUAUCUAAACAAACGCUCUCAGGCUGUUGUGAUUGGGGGUUAUAGAUCAGAUUUUAUUGAGAUACCGUCAGGCAUUCCUCAAGGCUCCCACUUAGGACCUCUACUUUAUAAUGCUUACAUAUUUGAUAUUCCCACUUGUCUUACUUCCGUGAAACAUCUAAUUACUAUCGAGUAUGCUAGUACGGUUUGGUUCCCACAGUAUAAUAUUCACAAAGAUCGCUUAGAACGUUUACAGAAGAUAUUUAUAAAAAAUCUAAAUUACCGAUUUCGUAAGCCAAAUUCAGCUGUUUAUAAGGAUAACUGUAAACAAUACAAUAUAUUGACACUUGAAGAUAGACGUAAGCUGACGGAUAUCUGUUUAUUACAUGAUAUAGUAAACGGACGUCUCGAUUGUCCAGAUUUAGUAUCGAGUAUAUCAUACAAUGUACCAAUUAAACGUUCACGACGCAACACUCCACCAUUACUACACAUACAAAGAGCAUACACCAACUACGCAAGGAACGCGCCACGAAUACGACUACCGAAGCUGUAUAACGAUGUUUUUAGUGAAAUCGAUAUAUUCAGCAUGGUGCGGCGGUGGCUAUGA